GGUUCGGACAUUCCCCAAAGAAUCCCACCUGGGCCACGACACGGUUCGCGCCCUGAUGUACUACGCCUUGAAGGUGUGGAGUGACAUCACACCCCUGAAUUUCCACGAAGUGGCCGGCAACAAUGCGGACAUCCAGAUUGACUUCUCCAAAACCGAUCACAAUGAUGACUACCCCUUUGAUGGCCCUGGGGGCACGGUAGCCCAUGCGUUCUUCCCAGGAGAACAUCAUACUGCUGGAGACACUCACUUUGAUGAUGAUGAAUAUUGGACCUUCCGGUCAUCAGAUACCGACGGGAUGGAUCUGUUCGCUGUGGCAGUCCACGAAUUUGGCCAUGCCAUCGGCUUAACCCACAUCUCUGCCACCGAAUCAAUCAUGAGGCCGUACUACCAGGGACCUGUUGGAGACCCUUUGAAAUAUGAUUUGCCGUAUGAAGACAAAGUGCGGAUUUGGCAGUUGUACGGAGUCAGAGAAUCUGUGUCUCCGACGGCCAAGCCUGAAAUAUCGAACGCAGGUGACCAUCCCGUCCUCCCAGAUUUCCCUGAGAAUCGCUCCACUGUCCCGCAAGUAUUUUUGGAGACUUACUCGCAACAAGAAUUUGGUGUCCCUUCAGCCAGCUCAGAUCCAUCGUUUCUGGAAGGGAUUGCCUCUUAACUUGGACAGUGUGGACGCGGUAUACGAGAGGACCCAUGACCACAAGAUAGUCUUCUUCAAAGGAGACCGCUAUUGGGUGUUCAAAGACAACAAUGUUGAAGAAGGCUACCCUCGGCCCAUCUCGGAUUUUGGCUUGCCCCUAGGAGGCAUCGACGCAGCCUUCUCCUGGGCUCAGAACGACAGGACCUAUUUCUUCAAAGACCAUCUCUACUGGUGCUACGAUGACCACCAGCAGAGAAUGGAGGCGGGCUAUCCUUUAGAAAGCACGCUGUGGAAAGGCAUUCCCAGCCAGCUGGACGAUGCCACGCACUGGUCAGAUGGGGCCACCUACUUUUUCAAGGGCAAGGAGUAUUGGAAAGUUACGGACAGCAACCUGGAGUCUGAAUCAGGCUAUCCCCGCUCGAUCGCGAAAGACUGGCUGGUGUGCAGCGACAUGCAGGCCGAUGCGCCCGAGCCAGCCGAGCGCUCCAGGACCGGGGGCCGCUCCAAGCAGGGAUACCAUGACGAAAGCCGAUCGGAAAGCGAAGUCUGCUCUUGCACCUCCUCUUCCUCCGACCUCCCACCCUGCACCUCCCUCAGACUCUGCGGCGGCUUGCUCUUGCUCACUCUUUGGACAGCGGUAUUGGUGCACGGACCUCUAUGACCCAAGGGUGUCGCUUCAGACUGCAGCAAUUCAGGGGCGCCAACAGACGCUGGGGGGAGGAACCAAUGACCUCCUAGGUCUCCCCGCUGCAGCGGUGUUCCGAAAGCAACAUCUAACAUUCUUAGCAAUGUGAUGUGGAAUUAGUUUCAGAUUCUCCAUGAGAAGCAAAAGAGCAUUUUUCAUGAUCCUGAUGAAUUAGUAUUGUCAUCCUGAUUUCCUUCGGUUGGCUGAGAUGGGUUGACGGUUCCCAUUUUUAUUUUAUUUUGUUUUUAUUUUAUUCUUUUUUUAAAACUCACUUGCUUUUCACGCCAGACUUCGCAGGUUUUCUCACAUC